AUGAAUAAAAAUUAUGAAAAUAUGAUUCAAAAUAAUGAUGAAUAUAAAGAAGAAUGUAUAUUUACAUCGAUUGAUAUUUUCAGUGGCCCAUAUAAUUAUUUAAGUUUUUAUUAUAUUUGUGAAAUACUUUUUAAUGAUUUUAGUUUCAUUUCGCCUUACCAUUGCUAUUUUUUUUUAAGGAAUCAAUUUGAUAAUAUAAAAAAUGUUGAAAAUAAUUUUAUGAAAAAUACUGAUAGUAGCAUUUGUGAAUGUGAUGCUUUAAAUAUAAUAAAUGAAAAAAAAGCAAUUGAAUUAUUUCAAAAUGAAAAUGUAAUUUAUUAUGAUGAAAAUGAAUUAACGGAUUUAAAGAGAAAGACAUUUGAGAAUAUUAUUGAUGUUAUAAAUAAAUUAACUAUACCUGAUUUAAUUGAGAUAUCUGCAUAUUUUAAUGAAAACCCUAAUUGGAUAAAAAAUAAAUUUACAUGGAUGGAUAUGAUACAAAGAGAUAAAUUCAGAAGAUACGAAAAAAUGAGAGAAAAUUUAAGAGAAACAGGAAAACGUGAAAUAAUUUAUAAGGUAAAUAGUGAAGAAAUAGAAAAAAUAAAAAAUAAAAAUAUGAUAAAAGAUUUUUUAUUUUUUGGUGUUUAUAAUAAUAAAGGACAGAAUCAUUUAGGUAGAAUUUAUAUGAGUAUACGAAAUGAUAUAUUAAGAAAUUAUGAAAUUUAUACUUGGCUUUUAACGAAUUGUAACAUGCAAACAGAUGAAAAUUUACUAGCAGAUAUUUUUAUUGAAGAAAAAUAUUUAGAAAAAAAAUUAAUUGAUACUACUUCUGUAUAUAAUGAUAAGCUAAUUGAAAAAACAAAAAAAGAGCUUUCAGAUAAUCUAAAUUAUACAGAUGAUUGUUUUUUAGUUGAAGAAAAAACAAAAAAUUAUUCUUUUGAAAAAAAAGAAUAUAUAUCAUUUGGUAAAAAUGAAAAAAAUGAUAUUAUUUGUUUUAAUCCAUCUAUUUCAAGAUUUCAUUGUAUAUUAUAUAUUUGUAAAGAUUAUCAUGUUUAUCUAAUAGAUGUUGGUUCGAAAUCUAGAACAAAACUAAAUAAUAAUGUUUGCGAAAUUCAUAAAAAAUAUAAAAUUACAAAUAAUGAUGUAAUUAGUCUAGGGGUAUCUAAGAGAACAUAUAAAAUAAACAUAAAUAUUGAAAAAGUUUUGUCAUAUUUAGACAAAAAAAAAAAUGAAAUAAAUAAGAGGAUGAAAAUUAUGAAUGAAGAAAUUGAAAAUCCAAUGAAAAAUACAAAUUUUCUAAAAUUAAAAAUUUCUAAUAUAUAUUAUAAAUGCAAUGAAAAUGAUAUCUUAGAUUUUUUCAAAAAUUGUGGUGAAAUCAAAAAAAUACAAUUAUAUAAUGUACAUUCAAAAAAUAAUUCUAAUAAUUCUAAAAAACACAAAUUUUUAAAAGAAGCAUUAAUAGAAGUUUAUGAUAAAGAAACAUCUAUGAAAAUUAUGGAAAAUAAUGAAUGUUUUUUAUAUGGAAGAAAAAUUUAUAUUUCUUAUCAGCCUAUACAAAAUAAUGAUCAUGAUUCAACUUAUAAAAAAGAUGAAAACUAUGAAAUUCAAAUAACAUGCAAAAAUAAUAAAUAUAAUGGAGAAUCAUUUGUCAUACCUAAGGGAAAAUUUAAUCAUAGAAAAAAUAGAAAUGAAAAAAUUUAUGAUAAAAACAACAGGGAUAAAAAAAUGAAUAGAGAUAGGAGUCAUUGUGAUAAACUUAGAAAUGAAAAAUAUGAAAGUGAAAAAUAUUAUAAAAAUUAUAAAAUAAAAAAUAAUAAAACAAAUAGAAAAAGAAGUUUGUCCUCAGAAACUUUAAAUAGUGAAAGUGAGAGAAGUAAUAGUAUAAGUAAAAGAGAUAAAAGAAAUUCAUUGAAUCUUAAAAAAUAUAAAAAGAGACAUAUAGAUAAAAAAAAUGAAAAUAUUAAUGUUAAUAAAAGAAAGAAAAACAAGUAUUCUAGUUCUUAUUCUCUUAGUAAUUCAAGUAGUGAAAGUGUUCUUAUGAGAAACACAUAA